AUUGCAAUUUAAAGAAAAAUAAACCAAAUUAUUAUACUGAUACAAUGUCUUUUUCUUAUACCGAUACAAUGUCUUUUUCUGAGGACCUAAAUGUUUCUGAUGAAGAAUUUAACCCAUCUGAUAUAGAAACUACAAAAAUAGCUUAUAAUUAUCUAGCUAUUCAAGGAACUAGUGUUCCUUGUAAAGAAAUGUUCUCUAUAGCAGCAAAAACAAUAACAAAAAUUAGAAAUCGUCUUUUUCCUGAAACAGCUC